CACCCUUGCUGUACAGACUAGAUGCAGCAGUACUCUAUUUGUUUAGCUGUUAAGAGAGUACUGUUAAUGCUCAUUUGAUGUCUAAAUGGAUUCCGAUGAAUAUGACAUUAUGGACUUAAUUGCUAAAGUUAUUGCUGAAGUCUCAAACUCCGACAAUAACUGUGAGGUGCUGCUGGUGGGGAAACAGUACCCAUCAAUCCAGGAAUUUGCUUCUGCCAUUCCCAACCAACUACUCCUGGGAUCCCUACUGGAACACUUGUGCUUUGUUUACCAGAGUGACCCUACACGUUCACGCAUGCUGUUCAAGGUGAUAGGCCAGCGUUUAGCAGCCAUGAACCUCCUCUCUCCAUUGGCCAUCAGUGAUGAGUUUAGCACAGUUCGUCUGCAGCACAACCGGGCAUUCAGAGAGCUCCUGCAUGCAACCAGCCCUUCACUUUUUCCGCAGGAUCAUCGAUACUUGAGUGCAGAAGGCCAGACUCUAAGAACCAAAGAUGGUCUUUUCCAAGCCCAAACAUCCCGUUACCUUAGUGAAUUUGAAGAAAUCGCAAAACUGGGUAAAGGAUCAUAUGGCAUAGUGUUUAAGGUUACAAACAAGCUGGAUGGUCAGGAAUACGCAGUGAAAAAAAUUCUCAUCAAGAAAGUAACUAGAGAUGACUGCAUGAAGGUUCUUAGAGAAGUUAAAGUGCUCUCUAGCCUUCAGCAUCCAAACAUCAUUGGAUAUCACACUGCAUGGAUGGAGCAUGUUCAGCCUACUGUGAGAAAUCCCAAAUCUCUUGUUUCUCAAAUAUUUCCAGCCUUAGAGAAAUCUUCACAGAAAGAAGGAUCCACACAGGAAAGCACUGACAGCAGCAGUGGAUCGUUCAUUGUUUUUGAACAUUCUGACCAACUAAAAGACAAUCAAGUUACAUUAGAAAGCUUCUCAGUGAAGCCGUCAACGUCAAAAGAGGAAAUUGGUCAUGCUGUGUGCCCUAAAAAUGUCCACAACCCUCAGAACUUUGUUCCAUGUGUGUUCCUGGGAAAGCCUGGCACUACAGUGAACAAAUGCCCAGCAGCUAAUUGGGACAGCUCGACACUCUCAAAGGACGACCUCAGUAAAACCAAACUGGAAUUAAACAAAAACUCUCACACUGAUAUGGACACUCGUGAAUGGUCCGAAAAGCUGGCACAUGAGAUUCAGUUUCACUUAAUGCUUUAUAUACAAAUGCAACUGUGUGAGCGAUCCUUGAAAGACUGGAUACAGGAGAGGAACACAAGAACUAUGGAAGAACUGUCAAUUUCACAAGAUCCUUGUGAGUCAGCUGACUGUGAACAAGCAUUGAACAUUUUUAAGAAAAUACUUGAAGGAGUGGAAUACAUUCAUUCCCGUGGAAUUAUGCACAGAGACCUAAAGCCUAGAAACAUUUUCCUUCAUGGACCUGAAUGCCAUGUGAAAAUAGGGGACUUCGGAUUGGCAUGCAAAAACAUUAUAAUGGACAAACAUGAUCAGCUGCCCUACAACUCUAAAACUGUGAAUACAGACUUAUCGCACACCCGUGGAGUGGGAACAUUUGUUUACGCUGCACCUGAACAACUUGAGGGUUCUAACUAUGAUUCAAUGUCAGAUAUGUAUAGUAUAGGAGUGAUUGCGUUGGAGUUAUUCCAGCCAUUUGGGACUGAAAUGGAACGUGUACACACACUUGGAGAACUGAGGAAGGGCCAGGUUCCUAAUACGCUGUCCAAAAACUGUCCAAUUUUGGCCAAGUAUAUCAGACUGCUGACCAGCUCUGGUCCUUCAAUUAGACCAAGUGCAUGCCAGUUACUACAGAGUGACAUCUUCAGCACCAAUGACAUGGUUAUCCACAGUUUAAAGCGCAAGAUUGAUGAGCAAGAAGAAGAACUCGUUCAGCUCAGGAGAAAGAUCAGUGAGCUACAGAUCUCUCAAAAUGCAAAACACAGUCCAGAAAAGACAUAAUAAUACUGGCUCUUUUGUACCCCCAAAUACUUGUGCAUUAUGUGAAUUGUUGUUUGGAAAUGGUUGCAUGUGUGAGUGCAGCUCUAAUUGUAUGUAAAUAAAUGAGUGCCAUAUUUUAUUUGA